AUGUCGCUGGCCAUGGAAGAGGAUGAGUACGCCAGGCUGGUGAUGGAGUCGGAGCCUGAAUGGCUGCGGAACGAGAUCAAGCGGCUCUUCCAGGAGCUGGGCGAGACCACCCGGGAGAAGAUCCAGGCGGCGGAGUAUGGGCUGGCCGUGCUGGAGGAGAAGCAGCAGCUGAAGCAGCAGUACGAGGAGCUAGAGCUGGAGUACGAGACCAUCCGUACCGAGAUGGAGCAGCUGAAGGAGGCUUUUGGCCAGGCCCAUACAAACCACAAGAAGGUAGCAGCAGAUGGGGAGAGCAGAGAGGAGACCUUGAUUCAGGAAUCAGCUACCAAGGAAGAAUACUACAUGAAGAAGGUUAUGGAGUUGCAGACAGAACUGAAGCAGCUCAGAAAUGUCCUUGCCAACACACAGUCUGAAAAUGAACGCCUUAAUUCUGUUGCACAGGAACUGAAAGAGGUCAACCAGAAUGGAGAGAUCCAAAGGGCCCGGCUACGAGAUGACAUUAAGGAAUAUAAAUUCAGAGAAGCUCGUUUGCUGCAAGACUACACUGAGCUUGAGGAGGAAAACAUCUGUCUCCAGAAACAAGUGUCUGUCCUGAAGCAAAACCAGGUGGAGUUUGAAGGCUUAAAGCAUGAAAUCAAAAGGCUCGAAGAGGAGACAGAAUUUCUCAACAGCCAGCUGGAAGAUGCCAUACGGCUGAAGGAGAUCUCAGAACGCCAGCUGGAGGAGGCCUUAGAGACGCUGAAGACGGAGCGGGAGCAGAAGAACAACCUCCGCAAGGAGCUCUCUCACUACAUGAACAUCAAUGACUCCAUGUACAACAGCCACCUAAACAUCUCCUUGGAUGGGCUGAAGUUCAGCGAUGAGGCCACGGAGCCCAACAACGAUGAAAUCAUGAAUGGAUUUGAGCAAAACUGCCUCAGCAAACUCAGCAGUGGCAAGAACAGUACAUCAACACCCAAGAAAAAUGAGAGCUUCCCUCCAGCCCCGAGCCUGGUGUCAGAUCUUCUGAGUGAACUAAACAUUUCUGAAAUCCAGAAGCUGAAACAACAGCUCAUGCAGAUGGAAAGAGAAAAGGUGAACCUGUUAACAACGUUACAGGAAUCUCAGAAGCAGCUGGAAAAUACACGGGGGGCCCUCUCAGAGCAGCAUGAGAAAGUUGGCAGACUCACAGAAAACUUGAAUGCGAUGAAGAAGCUCCAGGUCAGCAAGGAACGUCAGUCUGCCCUUGACAAUGAGAAAGACAGAGACAGCCAUGAAGAUGGAGACUAUUAUGAAGUCGACAUUAAUGGGCCAGAGAUUCUGGAGUGCAAGUACAAAGUGGCUGUGGCAGAGAUCACUGACCUUAAAGAAGAGCUCAAAAAUCUUAAGGCCAAAUACAAAGAAUGUGAGUCUAAGUAUGAAGACGAGAAGAGCAGGUAUGAGACUGAGAACCAGGCUAUCACUGAAAAGAUCACCUUGCUAGAGAAGUCCAGCAGGCAUGACAGAGAACAAGUGGCCAGACUGGAGAAGGAGCUGAAGAAAGUCAACGAUGUUGCUGGGGAGACACAGGGCAGCCUCAGUGUGGCCCAAGAUGAACUAGUCACCUUCAGUGAAGAAUUGGCCAAUCUGUACCACCACGUCUGCAUGUGCAACAAUGAAACUCCAAACAGGGUGAUGCUGGAUUACUACAAGGAAGGGAAAGGUGGGCGCAGCAGCCCAGAGACCAAGGGAAGAAGGUCUCCCAUUCUUCUUUCUAAGGGGCUGUUAACUAUAGAGCUAGGAAAGGCCGAGAGCGGAAGCAGUGACAGCAGCCCAUCCUCAGUAUCAUCUCUCCCAUCUCCUGUGUCAGACCCUCGGAAAGAACCAAUGAAUAUUUACAACUUGAUUGCUAUCAUCCGAGAUCAGAUCAAACACCUGCAGGCUGCUGUGGACAGGACAACCGAGUUGUCCAGGCAGCGUGUGGCCACACAGGAACUUGGGCCAGUGGUGGACAAAGACAAGGAAGCUCUCAUGGAAGAAAUCCUGAAGUUGAAGUCCCUGCUGAGCACCAAGAGAGAACAGAUAGCAACUCUGAGAACCGUGCUGAAGGCCAACAAACAGACUGCAGAGGUAGCCCUUGCCAACUUAAAGAGCAAGUAUGAAAAUGAGAAAGCUAUGGUGACAGAGACGAUGAUGAAGCUGCGCAAUGAGCUGAAAGCUUUGAAGGAAGAUGCUGCUACCUUCUCUUCCCUAAGAGCAAUGUUUGCUACAAGAUGCGAUGAGUACGUCACACAGCUGGAUGAAAUGCAGCGGCAGCUCGCAGCGGCUGAGGAUGAGAAGAAGACUCUGAACUCCUUGCUCCGGAUGGCUAUCCAGCAGAAGCUGGCACUGACCCAGCGCCUGGAGCACUUGGAGCUGGACCACGAGCAGUCCAAAAGGGUGCGCACAAAGUCUGCUUCCAAAGCCAAGGGCCCAAAUCCUGGUCUGUAGAGUAGUCCCUGGAGAAGGCCCUUCCAACAGUGCAACAGCAUUGCUUAGCCUCUUUCAUGGCAGUUCAAAGUGGUAGACCAUUGCACAAGGAAUGGAAACCACUGCCCUGAUCCUAACUUUUCCUCUGUACCACCUGAAACUGUCCUUUUAUGUCUGAAGCUAUAAAACAAACAAGCUUUACCUAUCAGUGCUGCUGCAGUAAGAAAACUUACAAGUGCUGAAGAAACCUACUUCAAGUGUAAAGAUCACCACAGUAGUAUGUGACCUGCUAGAACCAUUGGGAGGGGAAUUUCCGCUGUCCAUGCAGGUGCUCCUUUUUUAUAUCUGAUUGUUAAACCUGUGCACUUUGGAUAUUUUG